AGAGCGCUGCGUGCCCUGCGCAUAGGCGUUCUCUGCAGAGAUGGCUCUGAAGGAAGCGCCAAAAAGAGCCACUCACAUUCCAGGCUGCUUUUCUGUUUGGUUCUCGGGUCUUGCACGUCCACUGCGAGACCUAUUAAUUCCUAGCCAACCUUUGAACCUCACAAGCCAACACCAUGUCGGAUGAAGAGAGUGUUUACUCCGAUGAGGAGGAUGAGAAGGAAGGAGGACCCGAAUUCAUCAAGACCCAGCAGCAGAAGAGCUCCAACCUCGAUGAACAGCUGAAGGAGUACAUCGCUGAGUGGCGAAAACAGCGCUCAAAGGAGGAGGAUGACCUCAAGAAGCUGAAGGAGAAACAGGCCAAGCGCAAGGUCGCCCGCGCUGAUGAGGAGAAAAGGUUGACUCUGAAGAAGAAGGAAGAGGAAGAACGUCGCCAGCGUGAGGCUGAGGAGAAGAAGCAGCGUGAGAUCGACGAGAAGAGGAAGCGUCUCGAGGAGGCUGAGCGCAAGCGUCAGGCCAUGAUGCAGUCCAUGAAGAACCAGGCCCAGAAGGGACCCAACUUCACCAUCACCAAGAAGGACAACACCUUCAACCUCUCCAACGCUCAGAUCGAGCGUAGCAAGACGAAAGAGCAGCUCGAGGAGGAAAAGAAGAUUUCUCUGAGUUUCCGUAUCAAGCCCCUGGCCAUCGAAGGACUCGGCGUGACUAAGCUCCGCGCCAAGGCCAACGAGCUCUGGGAGGCCAUUGUCAAGCUGGAGACAGAGAAAUACGACUUGGAGGAGAGGAUGAAGAGACAGGACUACGACUUGAAAGAGUUGAAGGAACGUCAAAAGCAGCAGCUGAGACACAAAGCCCAGAAGAAGGGUCUUGACCCUGAAGCCCUCACCGGAAAGUAUCCUCCCAUGAUCCAAGUAGCCUCCAAAUACGAGCGACGUGUGGACACGAGGUCGUACGGCGACAAAAAGAAGCUCUUCGAGGGUGGUUUAGAACUUCUAACCAAAGAAACUAUGGAGCGUCAAUGGGCAGAUAGGUUGGAACAGUUUGGCCAACGUCAGAAAUCCAAGUUGCCCAAGUGGUUCGGCGAGCGACCUGGCAAGAAGAAGGGCGAGUCCGACACCCCCGACGAUGAGGAGGGUGGCAAGGGAGCCGCCGACGACGACAUCCUGGAAGAGCCCACCUUCGAGCCUGAACCAGAGGAGGAGGCCGCCGAGGAGGAAGAAGAAGAGGAAGAAGAAGAAGAGGAGGAGGAGGAGGAAGAAGAGGAAGAGGAGGAAGAAGAGGAAUAAGCGCCUGGAAUCAAAACUCAUCUGCGCCAAACACGAAAAUGCAACACCAAUCAAGUUUCUAAGUCCACAACUCAAAUCUCUUUCUGUAUCUUUUUCUCAAGUGUCAGUUUGGAUUUGUAACAUGAAUCAGUGUAUUUAUCAUCUGCAAAUAAAUUUAACAUACAGAUAA